GCAUGCCUCAGUGCCAGAGCAAGCUCGGCAGUGAUGGUACUCUUCCCCACACCUCCUUUUCCGGACAGAACCAAGAUGACAUGCUGCACUUGGGACAGGCUGCUGCUAUCUAGGAAGAAAGGAAAAACACCUUUAAUUCACUGGCUUGAGGCUAAAGCCACAUAGUCCCUCCUCCUUCUUCGGUGUUAUCCAAUGAGCGGAGAGCGGAGGCGUGAUCAGGGUCAUGUUUACGUCUGGCUUUCCGGGCGCGAGAGAACAAGAAGUGGGCCACAGUGUGAAGUGCACCUGUCGCAUACUCGGAUAUAGUGGCAGGCUGACACUCAAAUGAGCCACUGCUGCUGGGCAGGGCACCAGAAGAUUCCAGUAAGAUCAUCCAUGCUGAGAAGGGGAAGGAGCGGCCGCCCUCGACAUUUGGCCUGGAGCGAAACGCGGCGCGGGACGGAUUCUGUGACGGGGAUGUCCAUAUCGGCCGAAGCCGAAGAAUGGGAUAGGCAGACAACAACGCAGAUCACUGAGGAGGUGGUGGAGUCUGAGGUGGAUCACCUGGGGAGCUCUGAGCCGACAGAAGCGGCGGCCCCGUCCAGCUUGGCGCCCGUGCUCGGAGAGUCUUUCUGCCAGUGUGUCUGGGGAGACGAGCCGAACGCGGGCUUCGGGAUCGGCGCCGACUGCCUCUGUGGAGAGGACGACGACAACUUUGCCUGGGUGUGGGACCAGCGCCUUAAGUCGUCGGGCGCCUUCCUCAGCUGCGACGACCGCAAAGUGAGCUUCCACUCGGACUACAGCUGCGGCACCGCCGCCAUCCGGGGCACCAGAGAGCUCGCCGACGGGCAACACUUCUGGGAAGUCAAGAUGACCUCGCCGGUCUACGGAACAGACAUGAUGGUUGGAAUUGGAACUGCGGAGGUGAACCUGGAGAAAUUCAAGUAUAACUUUGGCAGCCUAUUGGGUCACGACGAGGACAGCUGGGGGCUCUCCUACACAGGUCUCCUCCAGCAUAAAGGUGAGAAAGUGAACUUCUCCUCACGGUUCGGUCAAGGAUCCAUCAUCGGAUUGCACUUGGACACCUGGCACGGUACCUUGACCGUCUACAAGAAUCGACGCUGCGUAGUGUGUUGCAGGAGUGGCAAAGAAGAAAAGUGUGAUUGUCACCGUAGAACAAAAUCCCUCUCUGACGUCAUUAGGUGUCGCUGCCAGCAGGCUGCAGAGCAAGAAGCUGUACCCGAUGUUGUGCUCCACAGCGGCCAAGAGCAGCAUGAAGGUGAUCCGCGCCUGUUACACGCCCACCUCCCUGCAGUACCUCUGCUGUACGCGCCUCCGCAAAAUCCUCCCGGCCCGCCCGGACGUGUUGACCGCCCUGGAGCUGCCUCCGGGCCUGCUGGCUCUCCUACACCGGCGGCUCGGCUGGCUGUUCUCCGUCACCGAAGCCGAGGGGGACGCCGACGCCGGCCCCCCGGCGAGCCGCGACCUCGGUGGCCGCGGCUCCCCGAGUCCCCGCGCCAGUCCCGUCCCCAGACCUCGUUUCUGCCCCCCGACGCCCCCCGACGGCGACGACGGCCCCGAGCCGGACGAUUAUCGGAGUAAAAGAUGCCGCUGGACAUGAUGCGUGCGUAAGUCUGUGGCAAACGUUCAACUGUUCCCGAAUAAGAUGAGCAAACAUUCACUUUUUUUUUUUUUUUUUUUUUAAUUAAAGUGGAUAGUGCUCGACUUAUCCGACUUCAAAUAAUGUGACGGCGUCAUGUCCAGCAGAGAGCUUAUUGAAUUGCUUUCUUUAUAAUGAAUGUAAAAGUGAUAAUCAGCAGAUUAGACCAAAAAGAAACGUGUGAAAAACUCACACUGGGAAUGUCGUAUGAGGAAUAUAAACCAGGAAAGAACGGAAUUACUUUUUGAUACUGUGGAAAAAACUUUUUGUAACAUUUCACUUUCUUACUGGGAUAAUCUGAAAAAAAAUAAAAACCAAAAGACAAAAGCUCUGCUGCAGAUUUGAUUAUU